UGAUGAAGUGAUGUUGGAGCUGUCUGGCUAGCCCUACGGGUCUUUUCUCCGCUGGGUUGAGGUUGACUUAUGGCUUAGCCUAGAGAACGGGGAUAACCUCACUUUCCCGCUUCACAUCUGUCCUACUUCGUUCCACUCGCUUAUACCUUAGCAGUGUCAACUUGAUGAAUCUGCUACUUUAUGCUUCAAUUGACCUAAAUCCUAUGAACUCAUAAUCUCCUAAGUUCUAUACUGUAUUACUAUAGCCUUUAUUUGCUCCAUACUUCUUCCUGGUACAAUCUUACGGACCCUUGACACUAAUAUCCACCAUGAAAUUACUGACUGCAUUGUCCUUCGUCGCUAUCAUGUCUCAGCAUAUCAUUAUAUCGGUGCUCAUCUUUAUCCUUACCCUCAGCAGUCUCGUGGAUGCAGUGCUUCCGGAGAAUGCUCUCGCAGGCAACGAGAAUCGUGCUAUGGACGAGAUCGACCUGGCAUCGCUCCUUACUCCACGAGUCCCGAAGCAAAAGCCCAUUAUACAAGAAGCUCUCACUCUUAUCGAUUCCAUGAAGCUCGCUCCAUCCUGCAACCGGCUCGCAGUAUCGGAGCUCGUCUCAUCCUGUCAGUCAAUCGGACGUCGGGCCGAGAAACAAGACACGGAUAUAUACUUGGACCUGGAGCUUGUGCGCUCACUUUAUGCGGCCCGUCUUGCCAUUUGUGAGCUCCGAGAAGCCAAGGCAGCAGCACCAGACGCGUGUUCCUCAUUGAUGAUUGGGCCGCCGCAGAAGAGAGGCAGGUUCGGAUUUAUUUUCAGCGAUAGAAUCCGCUUCAGCGCUCCGGACGUCAUUCAGAAGCCGCACUUGGAGUCUUGCCUGCAGUCGUUGGAGACACGACCGCAGUGGUGGACGUCCUAUAGCAACAGUCGGCAGAAUGCCGUGGUUAUAUGUCAGGCGGCCAGGGAUGAGACUGAGAAGGAGGAGCUCCUGGAGCUUUAUCGAACUAUACUAAAUAGCUCUACAGAGCUGGAGCGUGGUCUCCACGAGGCCUUGGAGGUCGCUGCAGCUGACCUUGCGCGCCAGAAAGAAUUCAUGCAAGCGGUCGGUAUAAUGAGAAGCAGGAUGAGACAAGAGCUGGAAGAAACCGAGAUGCGCUUGAGAUCGACGAUUGAUCGGAUUUUGCACAGCCUGUACGCGUAUGCCGUUGACUCGUUUAAAGAGUCCCUUGGGCCUGCGAUUGACACACUGCAGCAAAAGACAGACAGUCUCAAAUUCAAACUCCAGACUGUUGCUACCGAAGCUGAUAAGCUUGGUCAGACACUACACGCUCUAUACCAAGAGUCUGCCAAGAGGGACCAGGAAUUGGCGGAUGCGCAGCAGAAAGAACUACAGACCACCAGGGAGACGGCCCUGGCCCAUCAAGAAAGCCUAGGGACACUUUGCCAGGAUAAUCUGGCAAGGCUCUUGCAAGUCGAUGCGUCUUUGGAUCUGCUGUCGACCAGAAUGGUAUAUAUGUUGCAGAUAGCGCAGAGCAUGAAUGAGCGCAUGCCGGGCCUCCAGAAGGCACUCAAUGAGUCCGAGCAACGAGCCGAGGUGCUACAUCAAACACAGCUGCAGCAGUACGAGACCCUGCAAGAGGCUUCGCGGUUACACAAGCAGCAACAAGUCCACUUGAAUGGCACGCUGGCCGAUCUUGACAGAGCAGCCGUCAGAGCUGCGACAAUGCUCAAGACAUUCGACAAGAUGGGAUCUAAGUAUUGGCUGGAUCUCGUGCGAAAAGUAAUUUGCGAUGCAUUCUGGAUUAUGUGUAGCGUCGUGCUCCGGGAUGUAGUAGCAAGGGCAGUCGCUCUAACUUUCAAUCACUUGUUGUAGCGUGGACAUUGACUCUAUCUCAUUCGACAUCCAUCUUAAGUAUGUGUUUCCUUAUUGCUGAUUUAAUAUUCGCAUGGUGGAACAACCUAGCGAGUAGUAUUUCCUUUCUGCGCUGUAGGAAUAUACUACGGAGUGCAAAAAAAAAAAAAA